AGUGCAGGCUUUGUCCCAGUCAUUGUCACAGGCUUAGAGAGCCUCUGUGCCAAGUGAUAGGCUUUGGCGACAUAUGUCACUUCAGUGAGUCUCCUGUUGCUCCUUUUAGCUGCUUGAGUGGAAGGGCGGGCAGGGAGGCGUGCCUGUGCUCCAGGAGAGGAACAACGUGAGGUUGAGGAGGAAGGACAUGUCAGAGAUGUUAGUUCAGAGAGAGUUGUUGGAAUGAUCCCUUGAUGGUUCUGUCUCGUACUAUUUUUUUAUGGACUUGUAGUGCAGCUGCAUUGGGCCUCUGCUAGAGCUGGACUUAACAUGUAGAAUGACUCAUAAAGGAGUCUUCUGUGCCUUACAAAUCCCAAGUGACGCCAGUUGAUCUGCAUCAACACAUUCUCCUGAUCUCUAGUGUCUCCAUCAACCAGUGGAGGGUGAUGAGGGGGGUGGGGAGCCUGCAGCUUGUUCUGCUUUUGGCCUUGACCUCCACAGCCACAGGCCUCAACAUCCCUCUGGAAGUGGAGCAGCCUCCAACCAUAAUAACUCACACAGCUGGUCCCAUUAUUGCCCUUCCUUUUGACAACACCAUUACUAUCAGGUGUGAAGCCAGGGGCAACCCUCCACCAGAAUACAGAUGGACGAAAGAUGGCAAAUACUUUAUCCCUCCCCACGAAACGGACCACACGGAUGGAACUUUAGUGCUUCCAAUCAAGCACCUUGAACAGUAUCGCGGUAAAUACAGAUGCUACACUUCUAACAAGCUGGGAACUGCCAUGACGGAGGAGAUUGAACUGAAAGUUCCUAGUGUCCCCAAAUUUCCAAAGGAGUAUAAUUUCCCUAUUGUUGUUAAGGAGGGAGAGCCAAUCACCCUGGAGUGUAACCCUCCAGAAGGCGUGGCCCCACGUCAGAUCUACUGGAUGACCCUUGGUCUCGAGCACAUUGAGCAGGAUGAGAGGGUUUCCAUGGGCAUUGAUGGGAACCUGUACUUCUCUAAUGCCUUACUGAAAGACAGUCGUCAGGACUACUGUUGCUUUGCUGCCUUCUCCAAAAUACGCACCAUCGCCCAGAAAACCGCCAUGGCUGUCGUGGUCAAGAGCUUGAAACGUGGCAAUGAAUCUGCUGACAGUGACAAUGCCACUGAAGCCCCCGCAGUGAGAAUACCUGGCCUGCUGCUGCCCUCUGGUGUUCAGACAGAGAAGGUGCUGUUGAAGGGAGAGCAUCUCCAGCUUGAGUGUAUACCACAGGGAUAUCCUACUCCAAAGAUAAGCUGGAUGAAAAUGGGAGACAGUCUGCCUCCACGGACAAAAUAUGACAACUUUGGAAAGCUGUUGUCCUUAUCUGAUGUAGAUGAGAGAGAUGCUGGGAAAUACUUGUGUAAAGCCCAAAACUCUGCUGGAGAGGCUGUUCACUACUUUGAUGUAAUAGUGGAAGAGCCGCCAAAGUGGCUGACAGAGCCUCCUCCGAGCCAGCUGACCGUGAUUGGGUCUGAUGUUUACAUCAAGUGCUCGGUCAGUGGAAAGCCACAGCCAGAGAUAACAUGGAGGAGGAAUGGAGAGUUUUUCAGAGAUGACCCAGAGAACAACCGGCGAGUGCUCGAUGACACUGUGGUGCUCCAUAACGCCAGACCAGAGGACAGUGCUGUCUACCAGUGUGAAGCCUCCAACAGUCAUGGCAGUGUUCUGGCCAACAUUAACAUCAUGGUCAUAAAUAUGGCUCCUCGGAUAUUGACAAGGGAUAACCAAAAGUACGCUGUAGUACUAGGAGGGGAUGUCAUCAUGAACUGCAGUGUUUUCAGCUCUCCACCAUCAAAGAGCUCAUGGUCCAAUGAUGAGAAAGCCAUCGAGGGAGAACGAUUUCUUGCUCUGAGUGGAUAUUUGCAAAUCAUUGGUGCAGAAAAAAACGACAGUGGGGAAUAUGUGUGUGUUGCCUCUAACACGGAGGGCAAGUCAGCUGUCACUGCCUAUCUGGAUGUGAAAGACCCUACAAAAAUAGUAAUUCCACCUCAGGAUGUGCAGAUCAUCAGUGGGACCACAGCCCAGUUGAUGUGCCAGGCAGAGUAUGAUAAAAGCCUGCGGGGUGCCUUUGAGGUGGUAUGGAGGAAGGAUGGUGAGGAGAUCCCACUUUCCUUUGAGGAAAAUUCCAGAUACUUUGUGGACGAUAACAUGCUGCAGAUCAUGAAUGUGAACCAGAGCGAUCAGGGAAUAUACACAUGCAUUGCUAGAACCAGCCUAGACGAGGACAAUGCCACUGCACUACUCACCGUGCUCGACAUUCCCGAUGCUCCAAAAAAUGUAAAGAUAUCUGAACUCAAGAGUCUGAGAAAUGUUCACCUGUCUUGGAUACCUGGGAGUGAUCACAACAGCUCUGUAACAGAGUUUAUAGUGGAGUAUGAGGAGAACCAAUGGGACCCUGGCAGAUGGAAGGAGCUACAGAAAGUUCCCGGUAACCAGGCAACAGCCGAGCUAUCACUACGUGGACACCUUAACUACCAGUUCAGAGUGUAUGCUGUUAAUGCUGUUGGACCUGGACCCCCCAGUGAGCCCACUGAGAGAUACCAAACACCCCCUGCUGCUCCUGAGAGGAACCCAGAAAACAUCAAAAUUCAAGGCCAUCUUCCUCAUCAAAUGGACAUUAGCUGGGAGCCGCUGUUGCCUAUUGAACACAAUGGGCCAGGCCUGGAGUACAAGGUGAGCUACAGGAAACUGGGGGUGGAAGAUGACUGGAGGGAGCAUCUGGUCAAAAGACACUCCUUUGUCGUGAAGAACACGUCCACUUUUGUUCCCUACGAGAUCAAAAUUCAGAGCAGGAACAGCCAUGGCUGGGGACCAGAUCCUAAAGUUGUUACUGGUUACUCUGGAGAAGAUGUCGUCUUUUGGCAUUGUGUGCGGGAAAAUGUGUCAGUCCCGACUGCAGAACCACGGGACGUAGCAGUGGAGGUGAUCAACACCACUGUUCUGAGAGUUAGCUGGACCCCGGCUCCACCUGCCACAGUGAGAGGUCAUCUAGGGGGCUAUGAUGUUCACUGGUCGAGGAAACGGAGUUUGCUGAAUCCCAACAAGAUUUUAGAAGAGCGCCAGACCCUGUCUUUUCCUGGGAAGAGGACUCAUGCCAUCGUACCGGGCCUCAAACCUUUCUCUGAGUACAGACUCACUGUCAGUGUUUUCAACAAGAAGGGCAAUGGGCCCAACAGUGACCCGGUCACCUUCAACACUCCAGAGGGAGUUCCUGCGCAAUUGCCCAUCCUGACUGCCUCCAACGCCCAGAAAGACUCCAUUUUGCUAGUAUGGGGCCCACCGCUGGAGACAAACGGCAUCCUCACUGGUUAUCUCCUGCAGUACCAUCUCAUUAAUGAGACCACACUGGAGGUGGUUGAUUCCCAGGAGAAGAACAUCACUGAGGCUGACACCACCCAGUGGCAGGUUCAGGGCUUAGAGGAGGGCAGACUCUACCGCUUCCACCUCAGUGCCUGCACUCGAGCAGGUUGUGGACCUGCACUGGCACAGGAGAGCAGCACCGUUGCUCAAGCACAUUUGUCCCCGACUCCAGCUGUGGCCCCUGUUCAGAGCUGCUACAACUGCUCUCUCUCUUUUCCCAGCUCUAUCGCAGGCAAUUCUUCUCAUCUGUCUUUAGUUCCAGCCCUGUUGAACAUAAGCUCUUAUGUGAGUGACACCUUUGCCAAAAUCAGCUGGACUGCCAGAGAAGAGCAGCAGGACUCUGAGCUUUAUGUGGCUUAUAUGAAUAACCGUGAUGGUAACUGGCGGAUUUCAGAGGCUGUAAACACUUCUCAAAGUUUCCACGUAAUUGAUGGGCUCAAACCUGGGACGGUGUACACCGUGCGCCUCAUGGCCAAGAGGCUGCUCGAUAACGCUAGCAUUUUUGAAGACGUUAUCAAGACUCAAGUCAAAGGCGCAGCAGGUCAGCGGAGUGACUUUUCGACCCAGGGCUGGUUCAUUGGGACCAUGUGUGCUGUGGCGCUCCUCACCCUUGUCACACUCAUGGCCUGCUUUGUGCGGAGAAACAAAGGUGGCAAGUAUGCAGGUACGCUACCGCCGACCCAGCGACGAGACAUGUUCUCCAUGGAAAAAGUGAAAGAGAAGGAGGACCUCCACCCUGACGUAGAGUCACAAGGGAUGAAUGAUGACACCUUCUGUGAAUACAGCAAACCAUGCAUUCAUGGGCUUUACCAGGAUCAGCCUAGAAGCCAUUGUUCUCAUCAUUUAAUGGGAUAGUGACAGCGAAGAGAAGCCACUGAAGGGCAGUAGCUUGUGUUCCCUGAAUGACGCGUUGGGGGACAGCAUCAGCAGAGACAGCCUGGUUGACUAUGCCGAUGGUGGAAGAGAAUUCAAUGAGGAUGGUUCAUUUAUUGGAGAAUAUUCCGGACACAAGCACGGAGGCUCUGUUAGUGAGCCUAGUGGACCCAGACCAGUCACUGCAUAAAACGCACUUCCAGAUAAAACAGUCUGCUUCAAAUCCUUUCAAGAUACUGGUUAAAAUGCAGUUUCUCUGGCAAUAAAUAUAACUUGAAUAGCCAAAUAUGGAGAAUAAAAAUGACUCAAAUGUGCAGAAGUUUUGCCCAGGGACUGGAAAGGAAAGAAUACACCCACCAUACACAUCAAACCAUGUAAGUCUUUGUACAUACUGUAAGAGAAUGACCUGUACCAUUUGAGUUUUUCAAGAUUUUAUUAAUGAAAAUAAAGUGUUUUUGUAUCUAUAAGCCAUGAUCUUAAGCUGUGUAUAUUGAACAAUGAAAAUGUCCAGUACAGUAUGUAUUUUUUUACACAGUGGAUGAGACACAUGCAGUACAAUACAUAUGCAUGUACAGCCUGUGUUCAUUAAUUUAACACACAGUGGAAUCAAUGUCUACUGUAGUCAUUUGCUGUCCAUUACUGUCUAUUUUAUGUAUAUGUUUCUGACUUUUGUUAAUAUGCAUGUUGAUAUGCAAAUGUGUGAAAGUUAAUAGUUUGUUUAUUAUCAAAAUGCUAAAGAUACAUUUUAUAUCAUUAUACCAAACAUAUUUUGGAACUUUUUUUUAUUGCUUUAUCAAUCAGGAGACAAUAACGUAAACAUAAGAACAUUAACAAAAACAAAUAACAUUAACACAAGAACAAAUUUAAGUAUCAAAUUCCUUUGCUGUAAUUCGCCCAACCAACCAUGCCCCUGGUUGGGGGAAUUACAUCAAGGAUAUAUAAGUUGCUUAGUAAGACGGUUACAGUGAUAAGUGUAUUGCUGCAUUUAUCUCUGGAGUGGAAAUAUGAAUACAUGUAUUUAAGCAACUUAUCAAAACUCUUAAUUGGUGAGCGUUCACUUUAAGGCCUCAGUAAUGAAGAGGACAUUUUGAAACUAAAGUUUAAUGAAUCCUCACAUGUAUAGUGAAUGUUGCUAAAAUAUUCAUCAAGGAUGUACUAUAAGUAAAGUUGAGAUUUGUCCAAUUCAACAAUCUUAGUUAAACAGAUGUAACAAUGCUGAAUACAGCAGUGAUGCCAGCUACAAAGUAAUAAAUGUUUCAUUGGCUA